AUUUAAGUCGGUCAUUCUUCUUUUAUUCUCUCAAUGUGGGACUUUUACCCACUUAACAGCUCUUAAUAUUAUUAUCUGCUUUGUUCCUUCUUUUCAAAUAAAGGGAAGAUUUCCCUUUAUUUGCUGCUUGACAUAGGCUCUGUUGAUAUACAGGCUAACAGACAAUUUGCAUCAAAAGGUAGAUAUACUGAGUUCUACAAUGAGGCAGUUAUAGGUUUAAUAAGGUUUGCUAUCUUCUUUUUGCUGCUGCAUGAAAAGUUACGCUGAAACCAAGCAAGUGAAAAAAUCCAUCAGCAGUGGGGAUGUGGAAGCUGUUCAGACAUCAAAAAAUAUGCUGUAUGGUAAGAAAGCCAUUGUCUUGGCAGCUGGCAGUUGGAGUGGACUUUUGAUGGAGGAUCUGGUUAGGGGUUUAGACAUUACACUGAAUGUACCUGUAGAACCUCGGAAGGGUCACCUUCUUGUGCUUGAAAACUUCAGUUGCCUUCAAUUGAAUCAUGGGCUGAUGGAAAUGGGUUAUAUUGAUCAUCAAGUUGUAAGUUUGACUUCAGGACAUGAAGAUCAGAGACAAACCCUGUUUGUUUCAAUGACAGCUACAAUGGAUCUAAUGGGAAAUCUUGUUCUGGGGAGCAGUCGUCAAUUUUCUGGGUUCAACAUUCAAGUAGAUGAGUCUGUUGUUCUUAGUAUAUGGAAGAGGGCUGGAGACUUCUUCCCAAAAUUAAGAGAACAGUCCUUGACAGAUUUCAUCAAGAGCAGAAAAGUGAGAAUUGGGUUACGGCCUUACAUGCCUGAUGGGAAGCCUGUGAUUGGGCCUGUGCCUGGUUUGUCAAAUCUCUACCUUGCAACUGGGCAUGAAGGAGAAGGACUUACUUUGGUAAUUCUUCACUACCUCUACUUUCUUUUGGAAAAUCAAAAAAAUUGAUCUGAGUACAUGAAAAUUGAUAUGUGGAUUUCAAAUCAAGGUUUACAUCUAAUCUAAAACCAAUUGACAAUGAGGGGAGUAACCCUCCUUGUAAUUAGGUCACAUGUUUUUUUAUGUUAUGCUCAAUGUGGAAUUUUUACACUCAACACACCCUUUCACGUGCAGGCCCAAAUUAAACGUCAAGUCUUGUCAUAUGGCAUAAUAUCUCCCUCUUAUAUGCAGGCCCAAUAUGGACUUGGAGUCCUGUCGGGCGAACUAACAAUAUGCUUCCUAAAAAUGGAGUUUAGGCUCUAAUGCCAUGAAAAAAUUGUGAGUUUCAACACAAGACUUGCAUCCAAUCUAAAACUAGUUAGCAAUGGAUAAAGUAGCCCUUGUAUU